CCCAAGCAGGCUUUAUACUUGGUAAUUUGGUAUUAUGAUAUCAACAACUCCAAAGCCUGAAACUUCAAACUAAACAACAUCCCGCCAAUUUCCCGCUUAAAACUAAAGCUUGCUUAUAGAUCAAUUUUUUCCCAGAAAACUUCCAAAUUCCCAUGCCAUUUUCAAGAUGCUCAAAUCUGCACUCUCAUUUUCUCUCUCCAAAACCCGAACUCGAAAGUCUCACUCCCUCACUCCAUCAACUAAAUUUCCCGCCAAAUACCAACCAACGAAUUUUACAACAUUCUCUCAGCUGCUAAAGCAACGCCCUUCUCUUCCACAUCUGAAGCAAAUUCACGCCCAAAUUUUUACUCAAUCUCUCUCCUCUAAUCCCCACUCAAUUUCGUCCUUAAUCCACUCUUAUCUCUCUUCUAAUCGUCUAAAUUCUGCAAUUUAUUUGUUUGAUAAUUACCCUUCUUCCCCAAUUCCUACUUUGUUAUGGAAUUUGAUGAUAAGGGCUCAUUCCAAAAUUCGAAAUUGUGUAGAACCCAUCAAGUAUUUGGGUCGAAUGUUGUCGAAUUCGAAUGACGAAUUAUCUAGGGUUUUACCUGAUGAUUAUACAUUUACGUUUGUAAUUACGUCGUGUUCGCAUUAUGAUUCUUCUUUGUAUGGAGAAAUAGUUCAUGGGAUGAUAAUAAAAUCUGGGUUUGGGUCAGAUUUGUUUGUUGGUAACUCAUUGAUUAACUUGUACUCUGUUUUUGCUAAAGUGGGUGAUGCCCGUAAGGUGUUUGAUGAAAUGUCUGAGAGGGAUGUUUUCUCAUGGACUAGCCUCCUAGGUGGGUAUGCCAAACAUGGGGAUAUUGAUAAAGCUUGUGACAUUUUUCGUGCGAUGCCUGUUCGUAGUGAUGUGUCGUGGGUAGUUAUGAUUUCGGGUCUUGUUAGUAAUGAGAGGUACAUUGAUGCCCUGGAUUAUUUUCGCGGUAUGUUAAAUGACAGUAAGAAGGUGAAGCCUGAUGAAGCUGCCCUUGUUUGUGCUUUAUCGGCUUGUGCUAAUUUGGGGGCUUUUGAUCAAGGAAAUUGGAUUCAUGUUUAUAUGGAGAGAAACAAUAUUCUAGAGACUCCAAAUAUAUGCACAGCUCUUAUUGAUAUGUAUGCCAAGUGUGGGAGGAUAGAUUGUGCAAUUCGAGUUUUUAACAGAAUUUCAAAACGAGAUGUUCAUAAUUUCACAAGCAUGAUAUCUGGUUUGUCAAUUCAUGGUCUUGGAAAGGAUGCUAUGAGGGUGUUCUCGGACAUGUUGGCUGAGGGUAUUAGACCGAAUGAAAUUACCAUGCUCGGAGUUUUGAAUGGUUGUAGCCAUUCAGGGCUAGUAGAAGAGAGCACCUCUAUUUUCAAUGACAUGGAAACUUUAUGUGGGAUUGUUCCAAAGAUUGAACACUAUGGAUGCUAUGUCGAUUGUCUAGCUCGUGCUGGCCAUUUGGAGAGAGCAUUCGAUGUAGUUAAAACGAUGCCUAUAGAACCUGAUGCUGCUAUAUGGAGGGCUUUGCUUAGUGGAUGCAGAACUCAUCGCGACAUUGUUCUAGGGGAGCAGAUUUUGAAUCAUGUUCGACAACUUGGUUCAAGUGGCCAAGUUUUGCUGUCAAGUUUGUAUGCCUAUAUGGGUAAAUGGGAGAGUGUUGUUUCAAUGAGGAAGCAAAUGGGUGGAAGAAGGAAUACAUCAGAGCUUGGUUGCAGUUGGAUCGAGGUGGAUGGUAUUACUCAUGAGUUUCGUGUGGAUGAUCAACUACAUCCUCGAAUUUUAGAGAUUCGAGGAAAGCUUGAUGAAAUUUUGGAGAAGGCAAAGUUGGGGGGAUAUGUUACUAAUACAACCCCGGUCACAUUUGAUUUGAGUGAGGAGGAUAAAGAGCGAGCAGUAUCAUUGCACAGCGAAAAGUUAGCUAUUGCAUUCGGAUUCUUGAGUACUAAACCUGGGAGUUUGAUCAGAAUAGUGAAAAACCUCAGGACUUGUGAGGACUGCCACUUAGCUUUGAAGGCAAUUUCUCUUAUUUUUGACCGAGAAAUAAUUGUCCGAGACCGGUCACGUUUCCACGCCUUCAAACAUGGGAAGUGCUCUUGCAAUGACUAUUGGUAGUCAUUAGUCAAUGCAUAAGCUAAAUCGCGGACAUAGAAAACAAAGCAGGCGCGAAUGAUAUCAUUGCAUAUCUAGAAGUUCAUACCUUUAAAAGCAUUACAAAGUGGCAUACUCAUUACAAACAAAGCCUUUUCGGCGAAACGAGGACCAAUAUGUUUUACAAUUGAGAAGAUGAAAUUCAAGCUAAUUGGAGCUGGUUUGACCCAUUUGAAGGCAUGAACACCAUCGAGCCACGCCCAUCAUCAGGUAAAAGCAAAGAUUCCUAACUAUGAUUGCAUGUGCAUGGUCAUCAACUUCAUAUCAUGCUUGGUACCAUCAAUGAUUGCAAUUUUAGUCAGCUGAUAAUUAUUUAUAUUAUAUGCUCUUCUAAUAACAUAUUCCUAAGUAUAGGGACAAAUUUUUAAUGAUACAAAGAUAUGGUAUGUAAUGGAAUAAGAUUAAAUGGCCCACAUUUAGGAUUUUUGUUUAUUUCUGUGGGCUCUAAAAGCAUCAACCAUUAUGCACCUAAUUGUUCAUGCUUACAAAGUGUUUAAAUGAGCUGGUUGUGGUUGUCCUUUCUAAA